CAUACAAUUCAAAACGAGGCAAGAAGGGCAAUAUGUUCGAUAACCUCGGCCUUGCACAAGAUUCUAGAGUGGAGGUCAAGGCUGAAAGAGGUUAACACCCGGCAUAAGGAAGGACGUAAAAGAACACAAUAAAUAAAUUAAUUCACUAGGAUAAAACUUUUGGAAGAUGGGCCGCGUAUAUUUCGAUAUCACAAUCGAUGGAAAAAAUGCUGGACGUAUCGAAAUGGAGGUAUUCAUUUUAAUUAUUUAAACUAGAGCCAGUUAUUGCAUCUAAUAAAUAUACUCAUUGUUUUUGAGUGUGUAUCAACCAGUGAGUGUGAGUGAGUGUGUGUAGUAAUGUGAAGUGUAGCACUUCACGCCACAACUUUGGGCUCCCAACUUUGAAACUUAGCAAGUAAUCAAUUUUAUGAAAAACCACAAAGCCCCUGGAGAAGACCUCAUCACAGCAGUUACCCUUAUUAAAUAUGGAGGAUGAGCACACCUUCAGACUCAUCUAAAAUUUGGCAAGAAGAUUAGAUUCCAACAGACUUGGGUUACUUAAAACUAUACUUUAAAUAUCAUAAUAUGACUUUACUAUGACUCAUGACUAAGUUACUAACUUAGUAAUUAAUUUAUGGACAAUUUUAUGGUGGUCCAUGGGUCAACAAAUUUUUUUCUACAUUUCUUAAAUAAAAUUUGUAUUUAGUACAUACUUAUUAUUCACCAAUAGAAAGACAAAAAAAAAUAUUAAGAAUUUGUUUGACUUUUACUUUUAUUGCAAAAAAUAUAUAAUUUUAUACCAAUGACCAAUGCCAAUAUUGACAGUUACGCAAAAUGUAUCAACAACACCAAAUGGUUUCUUAAUAUCAUUAUCAAAAUGAAACUUUGCACUCUCAUGAAGAAUCCAAUUGUUUAAAAAAAGACACCCAGCUUACUGUGUUACAACUAUUGGCGCAUCUACAAAUGACAUACAUGUUGGGUCACAUAAAUUUUGGAAAAUUUCAUGGGACAGCAUAAGUGGCAUAGGUAAAAAAAAUUAUUAAAAGAUUUCUGUCUGACAUAUCUGAAAGAAGGAAGUGUCAUUAUGUAGAUAAUAUCAGUAGCAUGGAAAGGUUGAAGCCUGUGGCUAUAAUACUUUUUCUCCUGAUACAAUUGGCAUUCCUAAAAAAUCUGAAGAGGGAAACUUAAAGUUGAGAAAAAUGAAAAAGAAGUCCAAAUUUUUUUUUUUUUUAAAUUGAAGACUACAUGAACAUUAUAGGAUGCAUAUACCAUACAGGUAUACCAUUCAUAAUUGAAAAACCAUUAUAAAAACACAGAUAUAAAAUUAAUAAAGUCAUGUCCUCCUGUUUUAAAAAAUCAACCCCUUGUCCUUAAUAAAAAUAUGAUAAUAAAAAAUUCUUGAAAAAUUCUAUGUCAUGCCACAUUAGUUAAAAUAUAUACAGAUAGAAAUAAACAUGUAACAUUUCCCCCUGAGUGUGCCAACUCCCAUUAUAGAACACAUCAAUGUCUACUACCUCUGCAGCUUAUCCAUGACUGUUGGUGGUGAUUGAUUCAGGGUGGUAGUGUAUCAUGCAGGUUGAAUGUCUUUUUGUGAAUGUUGGGUACAUUAUUUAAUUCGAAAAACUUUCCCAUACCAGUACGCCCCAUCCAGUCAGUAAUGAUGCAGCCACAGCUAUUUUGUUGACAUCAAAAGUUUUGCCAUUGCAUAUAAUUGACAUGUAAGAUGAUGGGAAGUCACAUACAUUACAUACGACUUCUAACAUUAAAAAAAUACUAGUCCAGUACGAUUUUUUUCAUCACUAUGGACCAUGAAGUGUCCCUACUUGCAGAGUCAUAGUGGGCAUGAAAAUUUUAGAAAAAGGCCCUGGUGGGUAUCUUUCUGCAUGAUAGAUGAGGCAGAGGGGCCUACAUUAUGAUGAUAUUCAAAAGCAUGAAGUUUGUUCUUCGAAGCAGAAGAUGUCACAGAUUCUUCAGAUCUUGAAGCUUCUGGUAAAACUGGUGGUGAAGCUGGCGGUGAGGCCGGUGGUGAAGCUUGAGGUGAGGCUGGCGGUGAAGUUUGAACCCUGGUAUUUUUACCCAUUUGCGCUUUCUCUAGUUGCUUGAAUCUCUUUGGCUGUGAUUUUCUGUAUUAUGAAGCAAAAAAAAUAUUGUUUUUAAUUAUUGGCUUUUGAAAAAAAAAAUCUAUAUUAGUAUUAAGCCUAGCCCCUAGUCCUAGGCAAAGGUAAAUAGAAUGGUCAGUAUUCAUUGAUUAUUGUUAAAAAAAAUUCUAAUUAAAUGGUAAAAUUUCUAAAUUUAUUUUAGUUUUUAGUUUUUAAAAAAAAUAAAUUACGAAAUUCUAAACUUUAGGCUAAUUCAGUUUGUUCAUUCAUUGACAUUUAUCAUUAUUACCAUUUCAUAAUCAUAAAUGUUGUCAUCGACAACAAAAUACAUAUUUAUAUCACACCAAAUUAGACACGUGUAAGGACACAAACGUAAAGAAAAAAUGUUAUUCAUUACAAUUUUGUAUAAUUAGGCAUAAAAUGAUAAAGUAGCUUCAAUUUGAUUCAUAAGCCUACACCUAUUACAUUAUUACAUGUGUGCGUUUCGUAAAAUAAUACUAGUACUAAUAAGAAGGCCUAAUAGUGAUAAUGAUCACUGUAUUAUUAUUAUACUAAACCUAGAUCAACAUUUGCUGGAAUGUCUAAAACUAGCUAAAACUAUUCAUUAUAAAUUACAUCAUGCAAUAAUUAAUUCAACUUACCUUUUCAAAGCAAGAAAAUUAGUUCAAAUUUGAAUUUAUUUGAAGACUGCAAAAGUAAAGUUGAUCAAUCGAUAAAAGGUUACGCUAACUGGACGCAAUGAUUUUGGGAGAUGGGGAUUGCAUUGUGGGAUAGAUUUGUGACUUGUUGAUCAAAUCUAAAAUUAGCCGACCAGUGAUAUUUGCGAAUAAAUGAAAAUUUUACAUCUCGACCAAUAAGAAAAUUUGUUUGAGCGAAAGUGUAUAGGGUUUGCAGAACAAAGAGCUCCCGCCAGGCUUAUUUCUGGACAUUUUAGUGGGCGAUACCAUUACAGAUUAGAUAGGCUAAGCUUUCCAUUGAUACCAAAUGCGCCUAGAUAGUGUUGAACUUGCAUUUUAAAAAGCAAAGGCAAGGGUCUGUUUUUGUCUGAAUUUUUCCCCCGAAGUCAAAAUUUGCUCUUACCAUACUAUUAUUGUUAUAAAAAUGGUAAAAAAACAAACAAAAUGUUCCUUAGAUGUUUAUCUUGUAAAAAUCUCAUUUUUGAUUAAAAAAAUGAUAUAAAUAUCAAUAUUUUCCCCCGUGGACCAUCUUAAAUUGGCUGCGGCUAUUCGGACUCCAGAAGAGUGAAGAAUCUGCGCAUAAUGCCGAGCGUUAUCCGCUGACCAAAAUCUUCCAAUAACGUAGAGCUUAUGCGCACAGCUGUGCACAUAAUCACUUUGUUAGACUAAAUGCUACUUGGAUGUCAUUUUUGGUAGUUUAUUUUAGUUAAACUGAAGAAGUAAGUUUACAAACAUAUAGUCCAUUCAAUUAUCUUUCAUUUGAUACCAAAUUUUGUCUUACAAAACCCUACAAUGAAUAAUAUUUUAAAUAUAUUUUAAUAAACCUAACCUCUCACUUUUGAAUUCCAGGUCUGAAUAGCUGUAGCCUUAAAUUUAACUAAUAACCCCGCCCCAAUGACAAUAUGUGAGAAAGUUCCAAAUUUCAAUGCAAGAACUACAGAGAAAUUUCCUAUUAAACGUUGCAUACAAAAUACUGACAAAACUAAUUGCCAAAAGACUACGACCGGUACACUGACUGAACAAAUACUAAGUGACUUCCAUUAAAUUCAGACAAAACAGAUGCCUUUUUCUUUUAAUAUUAAGAGAAAUUUUAGGAAAAUAAUAAUCCCAGUACAUAACUCUAUGUGGACUAUAAAAUGGCAUGCAUCAAAAGAAAAUAUGAUAUAUCUCUAUGAGUGUUAUGAGAUUCUGCAGGAGUUUGGCAUACUCGACAAAAACUGACGUGUUACAUUAAAAAACUCAAACAAAAUUAAGGCUCAGGGAGAAUUUUCAAGGGAAUUUCAGAUUAGAUGAGGCCCUUGACAAGGACACUCAGUCUUCUGUUUGUAUGCAAUUUAACCUAACGGAGAGAUUUAUAAAAAACGUACAUAUUGACACCCGAGGAACAACAAUAUACUUUCUGAGGGAAACCCAAGACACACAACCAAUAGGCACUCUCUACCAUUAACCCCUUCAGUAUUUUGCAUAUGCUAAUGACAUAGUAUGCGCUGUUAAGGAAAAGUAAUAAAGACAUAUCACAAGCCUUGAAUUAAAAGACGCAUCACUACAAGCAUGACUGGAAGUUACAAAAUAAAAAACAAUGCCGGCACAUGGCUAUGUUAGAAGAACAGACAGAUCAAAACAUUAAAAUUAGAAACCACACUUGAAAAAGUAAAUCAAUUCAAAUACAUACCUAGGAUCUUAAUUAAUUAAAAAAUUUAAUUACUUAGAUAAAUUAAAGAAAGAAAAUCGUCAAGAAAAUGGUCAUACUUCUGUAGUCAGAAAAUACUCAAAGUAAAAAAACAUUACAAGAAAAACAAAGAAAACGGUAGUCUGAUCAGUUGUAACAUUGGCGAAUGAAACUUGGACCCUAACAAAAAUGGUAGAAAAUCUAUUUAGCACAUGGGAGAGAAAAUUUCUUCAGAAAAUAUAUGGACCAAAAAAGAUGAUCUAAAAUUGUCUUUAAAUUAUCAACAAAAGUAGAAUUAUUUAAUUUUUUAAACAUCUAACUUGAUGUCAUGUUGAGGUUUUUUUUUUGCUUCUGUACUCAAGUUUGUGCUUGUGUAGAAAUUUAUUUAAUAAUAAAAUUAAAUAUAUAUUUUUUAAAUAAUUUUAUUUUCCCAGCUUUACAGCAAUGAUGUACCCAAAACAGCUGGUAUGUAAUUUUUAAAAUAUAAUUCUAUUCUUUUUAUAUUCAUGAGUUAUGACUUUAUCUUACCCUUUAUUUACCAUUUGUCAUCUUCAUUUGUUGGUUUCUUCCUAUAAAGGUUUCUCAUUCUAACAGGCAGUUAUGAUUUGUAGCAUUUAAAUAUCAAAGAAUCUUAUUAUUUAUUUGAUUUAUUUUGAUUAUGUUUGAGAUUAGUAUUUUAUGUCUCUAUAUGAGAAUCUAAUGGUGAGGAUAAUUUAUACAGAAACAAGCUGACUAACCCUUUUGAGAACAUAGGUUAAUUCAAUUAUAAAUACCAGUUUUUGGUUCUGUUGAUGAACAUGAAAGUUUAUAGGCUAAGGCUAAUUUUAUUUACCAAUUUUUUUUCUUUGAAAUGCUCUACAUUGUACUUUUAUUAAAUGGUUCCGGAACUGUAAAUGUUUAUUACUCGCACACCACACAGUAUAUUUGAACUUAUGAGCUUUACUUGAAAAGAAACACCCAUUCAUAUGCAUAAUUCUCAUGCUUUUCUCAACAUGACGCAUGUGAUUUACUUUAUAAAUUUAAUUUUCAGAAAACUUUCGUGCUCUGUGUACUGGUGAGAAAGGUUAUGGGUACAAGGGGAGUACAUUUCAUAGAAUAAUCCCAGGAUUUAUGUGCCAAGGUGGAGAUUUCACAAACCACAAUGGCACUGGAGGAAAGAGUAUCUAUGGGAAUAAAUUUGCUGAUGAGAACUUCAAAUACAGACAUGAGGGGCCAGGUAAGGCUUAUUAGAAGACAUUUAUUUCAUAACAGGAUAGUUUUUUUUCAAAGGCUACCUCACGGAAUGGGCUCUAUAUUAGUUUUGUUUUAUUAAAGUGCUUGUUUUAUAUCAUUAGUUAUUGACUAUUUCUGUAGCAUCUUUGAAAUACACUCGCUAGUCUAAUAAUUUGUACAUAUUUUACUAGGAACAUUGUCGAUGGCAAAUGCAGGCCCCAACACAAAUGGCUCCCAAUUUUUCAUCUGCACUGAAAAAACUGAUUGGUAAGAUUUUUAAAUUUUUAAAUAAACAUUUAUGCAUGGAAUGGACACUGUAUUUCAUAUACAUAGCUGGUCAUUAUACUUAAUAGACCAAACAAAAUGAUGGAAACUAUUCAUUUGAUAUUUCUAGCUAAGUUACAACUAAAUAUUUUUAGCUUAAGGUGAAAAAUGAGGUUGCAAGAUGGUAAACUCAAUAAUUUUGUAAAGGCCAGCGAUAUAUCGAUUUCACUUCAUUAAUUUAAAUAUAGGAAUCCAUAUUACUACAGUUAGCAUAAUUAAACGAUGAAUUAUCUAUAUUUUUGGAAUAAAUUCAUUAUAUGAGUCCAUUUUUGACAAUAUAUCUAAUGAUCUGUUUUAUUUUAAAAAAUGACUAUUGGAAUUUAGCUGUUUUCAUUUAAAUGUUGUAAUUUAUUCAUUUGGGAAAUAUGUAAAUGUGAAGCAAUGUUUGAAUGCAUGCACAGCUAAGAGGAAAUUAUUCAUGCAUUUUUCUUGUUGCUAUGUUGUAUCUUUUUGGAUAAAAUGUUAGUUUUAGAAUGGGGUGGUGCAUUUUUUUUUUUUUUACUUUUAGUUUUUGAUGGAGGUUGGACUCCAAUCAACAGUUAAUUUGAAAUUGACAAUUUAGAACGCAAAGCCUGCCAGCCACCCAUUUUAAAAUACAAGUUUAUCUUAAAAAAAAAAAAAUUAUUCAUGCAUUUUUCUUGUUGCUAUGUUGUAUCUUUUUGGAUAAAAUGUUAGUUUUAGAAUGGGGUGGUGCAUUUUUUUUUUUUUACUUCUAGUUUUUGAUGGAGGUUGGACUCCAAUCAACAGUUAAUUUGAAAUUGACAAUUUAGAACGCAAAGCCUGCCAGCCACCCAUUUUAAAAUACAAGUUUAUCUUAAAAAAAAAAUCUCUUAAUUGGAUCCUCAUUGAUAGAAAUAGUAUUAUUUGCCAGGGUGAAUACUUUAUUUAAAAAAGGAUAUUCGGCCAAGGUAGAUGUCUGAUUCAAUUUCCGGUUGUUCCCUAACCCAAUGUGAUUAUGACACACUACAAUAAAAGUGCAAUAGUUAUAAACAGGAAAGGGAUUCUUGUUGCAUUAUGAAGUUUAAAAGUCAUCUUAAAAAAAAAAAAGUUAAAUUUUGAUUGAUUUAGACUAUGUAAUAUAUUUGUAAGUGUAGAUAGAUCAAAAUCAGCAUGAUUUUUUCUAUUUAUCUGACAACAGCUGGAAUAUUAGGAUGCAAGAUUUCAACCAAAUGAUAUGUUAUUUUGUUCUAUUUUCAGCAUAUAUGAUCUCUCUUUUACAACCUUAAUCACAUAAGAUGGCAUUUUUAAACAUUUUAUUUACCUUCAUGAUUUUCUUAAAGGUUGGAUGGCAAACAUGUUGUAUUCGGCAAAGUAGUGAAAGGUUUGGACGUUGUCAGGGCUAUGGAAGCAUGCGGCCGUGAAGAUGGCAAGCCUAAAAGUCAGGUAGCCAUAAGAGAAAGUGGGGAAUUGUAGGCAGUAAAUAAUUGUCUCCAAGGAAUUUUUUUAACAUUGUAUGCAGCAGUGAUGUUACCUAGAGCCCAUUGAACACUGGAGUUCUCCACUUGCAGUUUUACAUUUUGAAAUAUUUAUAUGCUAUUGAACUGAACAUCUUUCUUUAGCUUUAUGACUUUAUGCUUAAAAGAACAAAAAAGCUUGAUCUGUUUUAUUCCAGUAUUUAUUUUUGUAAAACAAAUGUACUGUCAGGAAAUUUAUUUGUCAGGAAAUUUAUUUAAUAAAUUUCAGACUUGUUUGAUUGGUAAUGGAAUCUAAUCUCACGUCGGCUAGGUUCACAGCAAUGUUAAACAUUUUAUAUACCUAUUUAUCUUUUAGGCUUACAUAUGUAAAUUUAAAAAAAAAAAACAUUAUACAUGCUUAGACAAUAAUUUUUGUAACACAUUAAUUGUAGUCUCUUGAACUUUGAUCAGACUGGCAAGGUGUCUAUUUUUCCUAUGUCUUUAUAAUUUUAGGAAUAUUUGGUGUCAAUUUUCAAACUUGUGUUCAUGAGUUUUUAUAUAUAUAAACAUGUUUUUUUAACUAUGAAAAUGGUAAUUGAUCAAAAACUAAUAAUUGAAAAUGUAGAUUAAUGAUUUUUUUCUGUGAAACAAUAUUGCUCAAACUGCCAUUUUUGAAUGUAUGAUUCCAAAAUUUUGUUUGUGUAUUUGUUGAAUAGCCAGGAUCAUUAAUAUUUUUUUUAAAGCACAUCUGCUGUCUCAAGUCCCUGUUCAGUUGAGAACAUCUUCUACCAUCUCUUUAUUUACUCGUAGCCAGAGGCAUGAUGUGAUGUACUUAACUGUUACAAAAAACACAACAUAAAGCUCUACCAGCCAUCCCAAGGUUUUAGUACAUGCCUCCAGUGGCAUGUUGGCAUGUACCGGUAUCAACUAUUCAUUCCUUUAUUUGGUUCAAAUCAUCUUGGUUUUAGGGUACAUUGUUUUAUUUAUCAUGGGACAUAAUCCUUAUCAACAUGAUAAGUAGUUAAUACUGUUAAUAUACAUUUUAACAAAAUGGAGAGGAAGUUCUUUGUCUUUGGUGUAAGUUUUGUUUUUGUGAAACUUAUUUUCUUCAAUAAAGGUCAAUUUUGAUUAGUUGUAAA